AUGCAGGUCCGCACCAUCCUCAUCGCGUUGGCGGCAUUGGUCUCUGCAACGGCGGCGGCCCCUAUCGAGUCUACGGACGCCCUUCGUAGGGAUCCUGGUGGCGUCGCAGACUGGAGACGAGAACCCGGAGGCGUCGCCGACUGGCGCAGGGAGCCCGGCGGCGUCGCUGACUGGAAGAAGCGCGAGGCUGCGCCCGCGCCGGGAGGUGUCCCCGAUUGGCGCCGGGAGCCCGGCGGCGUCCCCGACUGGAAGCGCGAGGAGCUGGAGGAGGCGCGUCGGGACCCCGGCGGCGUCGCGGACUGGAAACGCGGCGGCGUGGCCGACUGGAGGCGGGAACCCGGCGGCGUCCCGGAUUGGCGCAGGGAGCCGGGAGGUGUCGCGGACUGGAAGCGGGCGGAGGAGGAGGCGGAGGAGCGCCGUCGUCACCCGGGAGGUGUCGCGGACUGGCGGCGGGGCGGGGUGGCGGACUGGCGGCGAGGAGGCGUGGCGGACUGGGAGCCCGAGAGCGCGCCCGAGUCGUGA